AUGGCUUCCCUGCCGGAUGAUACCCUUCGAAAAAUUUUGCUUCAGAUUCAACAAACUUCAAUUCAGUCACAAAAAGCACACAACGUUUCAGUACAACAGACUGCGAUGAAAGAGCGCGAGAAACGGAUUCUCCAAUUGACCAUCGAUGAAAUUAGCGGAAUAAAGGAGGAUGUGAACAUGUAUAAGGGUGUCGGCAAGAUGUUUAUGAUGGUGCCGCGAAAAGAGAUGGAACAAGACCUCAAAAAUCAAGAGAAGGAGAUUACUGAGGAUAUUAGCAAUCUUAAUAAGAAGUCGAAAUACCUAGAGAAACAGUUCAACGAGGCUCAAGCACAGUUACGGGAUAUUUUUCACCACGCACCUAAGCAAUGA